AUGGAGCCCCAGCGCCGGGAGCUGCUCGCCCAGUGUCAGCAGAGCCUGGCCCAGGCCAUGACGGAGGUGGAAGCCGUGCUCGGACUGCUCGAGGCCGCGGGAGCGCUGAGCCCUGGCGAGCGGCGGCAGCUGGACGAGGAGGCGGGAGGCGCCAAGGCGGAGCUGCUGCUCAAGCUGCUCCUGGCCAAGGAGCGGGACCACUUCCAGGACUUGCGCGCGGCGCUGGAGAAGACGCAGCCUCACCUGCUGCCCAUUCUCUACCUGAACGGCGUCGUCGGGCCGCCGCAGCCCGCCGAGGGCGCCGGCUCCACCUACAGUGUCCUGUCCAUCAUGCCCUCGGACUCAGAGAGCAGCAGCUCCCUCAGCAGUGUGGGCACCACUGGGAAGGCGCCGUCCCCGCCGCCCCUCCUCACCGACCGGCAGGCGAAUGAGAAGGUGGAGAACCUGUCCAUUCAGCUGCGGCUGAUGACCCGCGAGAGGAAUGAGCUGCGCAAACGCCUGGCCUUUGCGACCCACGGGACGACCUUUGAUAAGAGGCCCUACCACAGACUGAAUCCUGACUACGAGAGGCUGAAGAUCCAGUGUGUGCGGGCCAUGUCGGACCUGCAGAGUCUCCAGAACCAGCACACCAAUGCCUUGAAGAGGUGCGAGGAGGUGGCCAAGGAGACCGACUUCUACCACACACUCCACAGCCGGCUCCUGAGUGACCAGACUCAGCUGAAGGAUGAUGUGGACAUGCUGAGGCGGGAGAACGGGCAGCUGCUGCGGGAGCGGAACCUACUGCAGCAGUCCUGGGAAGACAUGAAGCGGCUUCAUGAGGAGGACCAGAAGGAGAUUGGAGACCUCCGGGCGCAGCAGCAGCAGGUACUGAAGCACAACGGGUCAUCAGAGAUCCUCAACAAGCUGUACGACACGGCCAUGGACAAGCUGGAGGGGGUCAAGAAGGACUACGACGCCCUGCGGAAACGGUACAGCGAGAAGGUUGCCAUCCACAACUCAGACCUGAGCCGCCUGGAGCAGCUGGGCGAGGAGAACCAGCGCCUGCUGAAGCAGACGGAAAUGCUGACCCAGCAGAGGGACACGGCCAUCCAGCUGCAGCACCAGUGCGCCCUGUCCCUGAGGAGGUUCGAGGCCAUUCACCAUGAGCUGAACAAGGCCACGGCCCAGAACAAGGACCUGCAGUGGGAGAUGGAGCUGCUCCAGUCAGAGCUGACGGAGCUGAGGACCACGCAGGUCAAAACCGCGAAGGAGUCCGAGAAGUACAAGGAGGAGCGGGAUGCAGUGUACAGCGAGUAUAAGCUCAUCAUGAGCGAGCGUGACCAGGUCAUCUCUGAGCUGGACAAGCUGCAGACCGAGGUGGAGCUGGCCGAGUCCAAGCUCAAGAGCAGCACAUCUGAGAAGAAGGCGGCCAGCGAGGAGAUGGAGGCGCUGCGGCAGAUCAAAGACACGGUGACAAUGGAUGCUGGGAGGGCCAACAAGGAGGUGGAGAUCCUUCGAAAGCAGUGCAAGGCUCUGUGCCAGGAGCUGAAGGAAGCCCUGCAGGAGGCCGAUGUGGCCAAGUGCCGCCGGGACUGGGCCUUCCAGGAGCGGGACAAGAUUGUGGCGGAGCGCGACAGCAUCCGGACACUGUGUGACAACCUGCGGCGGGAGCGGGACCGGGCAGUGAGUGAGCUGGCUGAGGCCCUGCGCAGCCUGGAUGACACUCGGAAACAGAAGAACGACGUCAGCCGGGAGCUUAAGGAGCUCAAGGAGCAGAUGGAAUCCCAGUUGGAGAAGGAGGCCCGGUUCCGGCAGUUGAUGGCCCACAGCUCCCACGACUCGGCCAUCGAUACAGAUUCCAUGGAGUGGGAAACAGAAGUCGUCGAGUUUGAAAGGGAGACGGAGGAGGUUGACUUGAAGGCACUUGGGUUUGACAUGGCAGAAGGUGUGAAUGAGCCUUGUUUCCCAGGGGACUGUGGCAUAUUUGUCACGAAAGUGGACAAAGGAAGCAUUGCUGAUGGCCGCUUAAGGGUCAACGACUGGCUGCUGAGAAUCAACGAUGUGGACCUCAUCAACAAGGACAAGAAGCAGGCCAUCAAGGCCCUCCUCAAUGGAGAGGGGGCCAUCAACAUGGUCGUGCGGCGGAGGAAGUCCCUGGGUGGGAAGGUGGUCACACCCCUGCACAUAAACCUCAGUGGACAGAAAGACAGCGGCAUCAGUCUGGAGAGUGGAGUGUAUGCUGCUGCUGUGGUACCUGGAAGCCCUGCUGCCAAAGAAGGGUCCCUCGCCGUGGGAGACAGGAUUGUGGCGAUCAAUGGCAUCGCACUGGACAACAAGUCCCUGAAUGAAUGUGAAUCUCUGUUGCGCAGUUGCCAGGACUCCUUGACCCUCUCCCUCCUGAAGGUGUUCCCUCAGAGCUCCUCGUGGAGCGGCCAGAACAUCUUUGAAAACAUCAAGGACUCUGAUAAGAUGCUGAGUCUUCGGAGCCAUGGCCUGGAGGCCCAGGCUCAUCACAAGCGGAACUUGAUGCAGCACCACAGCUCCACGCAGACGGAGCUCUUCUGCGCUGGGCUGGAAGACAGGAAGGAGCCGGGGCCCCCCGGAGGCAGCACCUCUUUUCUACACAAACCGUUCCCUGGGGGCCCCUUUCCAGUCUCCCCCCAGACCUGUCCCAGCACCUCCGAGCGCAGCCUGAGCUCCUUCCACUCCGAUGCCUCUGGGGAACGUGGCUACGGGCUGGUGGACAUGCGGAGCAGGCGGCCCCUGCUGCCCUUUGAGACUGAGGUGGGCCCCUGUGGGGUAGUGGAGGCCCCUCUGGACAAGGUGGAUGCUGAGGGCUCCAACAGCGGUGGGACCUGGCCCAAGGCCGUGCUCGGCUCCACAGCAGGGCCGGAGAAGCUCUCCGUUUACAAGAAGCCAAAGCAAAGAAAGUCUAUCUUUGACCCAAACACUUUUAAACGUCCCCAGACGCCCCCCAAAAUAGACUAUUUGCUCCCAGGCCCUGGGCCUAUUCACUCCCCCCAGCCCUCCAAGAGGAUGGGGCCUCUGACACCCCCAAAGCCCCCCAGGAGAAGCGACUCCAUCAAGUUCCAGCACAGACUGGAAACCAGUUCUGAAUCAGAGGCCACACUGGUGGGCAGCUCUCCAUCUACCAGCCCACCAGGUGCCCCGCCCCCGGACGCCGACCUCGGAGAACCCAUGCAUGCAUCACCCCCUCGCAAGGCCAGGGUCCGCAUCGCCUCCAGCUACUACCCCGAAGGGGAUGGGGACUCCUCCUACCUGCCAGCCAAGAAGUCCUGUGACGAGGACCUCACUUCCCAGAAGGCAGAUGAGCUGGGGCAGAAGCGCCGCCGGCCAAAGUCUGCGCCUAGUUUUCGGCCCAAGCUUGCUCCGGUAGUGAUUCCUGCUCAAUUCCUGGAGGAGCAGAAGUGCAUCCCAGCUAGUGGAGAGCUCUCCCCCGAGGUGCAGGAGUGGUCCCCUUACUCACCAGGGCAUUCCAGCCGGCAUGGGAACCCCCCGCUCUACCCCAACAGGCCAUCCGUGGGAACUGUUCCCCGGAGCAUGACCCCCAGCACUGCUGUGAGCUCCAUCCUGCGGAACCCCAUCUACACUGUGCGCAGCCACAGGGUUGGCCCUUGCAGCUCUCCACCUGUGCCCCGAGAUGCUGGCCCCCAGAGCUUGCCUCCCAGUGUCCAGCACCAGGGCCGCCUGAGCCUGGACCUCAGCCACAGGGCCAGCAGUGACUAUGCUGAGAUGAGAGCCUCCCACGGGUCUAACUCGCUGCCUUCCAGCGCCCGCCUCGGGUCUUCCAGUAACUUGCAGUUCAAGGCAGAACGCAUUAAGAUCCCAUUAACGCCGAGGUACCCUCGGUCUGUCAUGGGCUCUGACAGAGGUUCGUUGUCACAUUCCGAAUGCAGCACCCCUCCUCAGUCGCCCCUCAACAUUGACACCCUGUCCACUUGUAGCCAGUCCCAGACCUCUGCCUCUACAUUGCCCAGGAUUGCUGUCAACCCUGCGUCCCUCGGGGAGCGGAGGAAGGACAGGCCUUACGUGGAGGAACCACGCCAUGUGAAGGUACAGAAGGGCUCAGAGCCUUUGGGCAUCUCCAUUGUGAGUGGAGAGAAGGGCGGCAUCUACGUCUCCAAAGUGACCACCGGCAGCAUUGCCCACCAGGCUGGCCUUGAGUAUGGGGACCAGUUACUUGAGUUCAAUGGCAUUAACCUGCGGAGUGCCACAGAGCAGCAGGCCCGGCUCAUCAUAGGGCAACAGUGUGACACCAUCACCAUCCUGGCCCAGUACAACCCACAUAUGCACCAGCUUGGCAGCCACUCCCGCUCCAGCUCCCACCUGGACCCUGCCGGUGCCCACGCCACUCUCCAGGGCAGUGGUAGCACCACCCCAGAGCACCCCUCUGUCAUUGAUCCGCUCAUGGAGCAGGACGAGGGUCCUGGCACACCCCCAGCCAAGCAGAACACCCCUUGCUCCAGGAUCAUGGGAGAUGCCAACAAGAAGACCCCGGAACCACGCAUUGUCUUCAUCAAGAAGUCUCAACUGGACCUUGGGGUGCAUUUGUGUGGUGGAAACCUGCACGGGGUGUUUGUGGCCGAAGUAGAGGAUGACAGUCCUGCCAGGGGUCCCGAUGGCCUGGUGCCAGGGGAUCUGAUCCUCGAGUAUGGCAAUCUGGAUGUGCGCAAUAAGACGGUGGAGGAGGUCUACGUGGAGAUGCUGAAGCCCAAAGACAGUGUCCGCCUGAAGGUGCAGUACCGCCCAGAGGAGUUCACCAGGAUCAAGGGCCUGCCUGGUGACAGCUUCUACAUCAGGGCCCUGUAUGACCGGCUGGCCGAGGUGGAGCAUGAGCUGAGCUUUAGGAAGGACGACAUUCUCUACGUGGACGACACCUUGCCCCAGGGCACGUUCGGGUCCUGGAUGGCGUGGCAGCUGGAUGAGAACGCCCAGAAGAUCCAGCGUGGGCAGAUUCCCAGCAAAUAUGUGAUGGACCAAGAAUUCUCCAGGAGGCUCAGCAUGUCCGAGGUCAAAGACGACAGCAGCGCCGCCAAGACGCUGUCAGCAGCCGCUCGCCGGUCCUUCUUUCGAAGGAAGCACAAGCACAAACGCAGUGGGUCCAAAGACGGGAAAGACCUCCUGGCCUUGGACACCUUCUCCAACGACUCCCUCCCGCUCUUUGAAGAUUCAGUGAGUCUGGCCUAUCAGCGGGUCCAGAAGGUGGACUGCACCUCCCUGAGGCCUGUCCUGAUUCUGGGGCCUCUGCUGGAUGUGGUGAAGGAAAUGCUGAUAAACGAGGCUCCUGGCAAGUUCUGCAGAUGCCCGCUGGAGGUGAUGAAGGCUUCCCAGCAGGCCAUUGAGCGGGGCGUUAAAGACUGCCUGUUUGUCGACUAUAAGCGGAGGAGCGGCCAUUUUGAUGUGACCACGGUGGCUUCAAUAAAGGAGAUCACAGAAAAGAACCGACACUGCCUCCUGGACGUCGCCCCCCACGCCAUCGAGCGCCUGCACCACAUGCACAUCUACCCUAUCGUCAUCUUCAUCCACUACAAGAGUGCCAAGCACAUCAAGGAGCAGAGAGAUCCCAUCUACCUGAGGGACAAGGUGACACAGAGGCAUUCCAAAGAGCAGUUUGAGACAGCUCAGAAGAUUGAACAGGAGUACAGCAGGUACUUCACAGGGGUCGUCCAGGGAGGAGCCCUGUCGAGCAUUUGCACUCAGAUCUUGGCAACCGUCAAUCAAGAACAAAGUAAAGUCCUGUGGAUCCCCGCCUGCCCGCUCUAGGGGAAGUGGGCACCAGGCGGCGACUGGACCGGCCCGCUGGUGGGGAGACCGGCUCGCUCUUCUCCAGCAGC